UGUCAAUGUCAAAACAAAAAUGAGAGCAAAACAGAAGUAAAUUGAAAUUGAUCAAUUUAAAAAUUAGUUUAUAAGUAAAAUAGAUAAAUUUUAAGGAAAAUUAAUAUGAACACCGUUACUACAUCUUCUCUGGGCACCAUCUGCGAAGGUUGCUUGAGUGUUGACAGAAAAUUAACUACGAUUUACGGGGAAGAAAGUAAAGUUUUCCACAGUAUUUUGGAAACUGUCGAUCGUGUUAGCCACACAAUUAUUUGCUGGGAAUGUGCUGCAGUUCUCCGUAGACUGCUGAGAUUCAAGGAACAGGUGAAGAAUGCCCGUGACUACCUCGUUGGAUAUGUGCUACACCAAACAACCCUUACUACUUUAUCACAUUUAAAAGUCACAAAAAAUUACAUCACAGAAAACGUCACACAUGAUGGUAAAGAUGUAGACAUUAAACAGAAUACAGACACAGAAAAUGAUGACGCAGGAUUUAUUGUAGACGGGAAGGAAAAGCAGAAAUAUACUCAGAUUGAAGUACAUAAAGCAUGUCCAAAAGAACCGGUAGCGUUCGUAAAGAUAGAAGAAAGAGAUAAUUAUGAUGACGUGCAUGAUGAUAGUAUUACAACAGCACCUGUAGAUAGAGAGGAUAUAAAGCCAGUGUUGAAAUUAGCCAAUCAAGAGGCGCCGGUAAAAAGCAGAAAGAGAAAGAAAAUAAAAGAGUACAAUUUUGACGAUUCUGAUGAAGAGCCGUUGAAGAAGAAGGCUGAUGAGAAAAACAAGAAAGUGAAAACAACCGUGAAACGUCGGGCAACGCGAGAGAAGCCGGCGGGCGUAGUUAGUAAUGCUAGAGUGGACAAGAAGUUGCGACAGCUAAACGUUAGCAGCGCUCAAGUGGAAAUGAUUCUGUUGACCUGGGAACAGGUAGAAGAAGAGAGAGCCAAAGCAUUGUUGAGUGAAGCUUUCACCCGCCACGAGUACCGCUGCUACGAUUGUGUGUUGGGCUUCAACCAUCGAAUGAAGCUUGACGAUCACAUGAGGAAACAUGACCCAGCAAACGGUACUGUGAGCUGUUCAGUUUGCAAGGUUCGAUGUAAAGACGCGCAUUCAUUGUGCGCCCACAGGAGAAGACAUCGGGUCAGUCCGCCACCGCGACACAGAUGGCGCUGCGCGCUGUGCGGCGGCAUGUACUCCCGCGCCGCCGUGACGGCGGACCACUUGUCCAAAGUGCACGCGGCGCCGCAGCCGCAGCACCGGUGCAGCGUGUGCGGACACGUCGAGACUACGCUCGGCAAGCUCCGCUAUCACAUCAGAGCCCACUCGGAGCGACAGAACUGCGAACUUUGCGGCAAAAGCUUCAAGGACAGAAGCUCGCUUCGGACACAUUUGUUCGUUCACCGCGGGGAGAAAGACUUUGCGUGCAGUCAUUGCGACAAACGGUUUUUGUUCAAGAAGGCUUUGGAAGUCCAUUUGGUGACGCACGACGCUCCACAACACCUCUACUGCCAUCUGUGCGACGUGAAUUUCAAAAAUCGCAUGUCAUUUUACCAGCACAUGAAGUACAACUUGAAGCACAUCGAUCCAGCCAAAUUAAAACACGCGUGCACGAUAUGCGGCAAGCGUUUCGCGAAGUCCUCCCGACUGAGUGAGCACCACACCGCGGUGCAUCUCAAGCACACGCCCAUCAAGUGUGUGCACCCGGACUGCACUUUUUCGUGUUCGUCCCGGCCGGUGCUGCGCACGCACGUCCGCAUGCUGCACCGCAACGCGCGCGCGCUGCGCAACCACGUGUGUCACCGCUGCGGGAAGACGUACACUACGAAGAAGAUCCUGGAGGGCCACCUCCGCAGCCACACGGGCGAGCGGCCGUUCCGCUGCGGCUCGUGUCCGGCCGCCUUCGGCUACCACGCCGCGCUCUACAACCACAACAAGCUGGUGCACCGGAAACUGCCCAACCGCAGAGCGGAUCCCACUUCUGAAUCUCUACCGUGGAUUCCUACAGAAGCUCCACAGGAUUUACCUGCCAGUUUAAAUGCUAAUGACGUCACAUGAUCUUAAAUUUUAUACAAGAACGUUACAGAUGUCAUAGAGUAUAGAAUAAAUGAGGGCGCUGAUUCCUCUUGGCUGGCAACACAGUAAUUGGUGUAUGUCAACCAAUUUUAACCAUUCAAUUUUGAUAUUGCAAUGACAAAAAAUUCAAUUCGUUUUAAUCCGCUUUAUACUCUUUAUAGACAGACUGUUCAAAUGUUCAUACGCUGCAAUGACCACUUACCAUCAGGCGAGACGCACAACUGUUUGCCUGUUUAAUAUAAAAAAUAUCCUAAUCAAUAAGAAUUUGUAAUUUAAAUGGUUUUUUAUAGCAAUUUGUAAAUCGAAAAAUAAAAUUAUGAUUAAUAUUUUA